UCAUAAGGCAGCGUGUUAUACAUAUUUGGUUGACAAGCAUGGCGGGCAGUGCUCUGUAUUCCAUAAUUCACAAGCAGGAAAAUGCUCAUGAUGACAGUAUCUGGAGCUGCGCGAUGGGCAGAAGUAACAAAGACAAUGUAGAAAACAUUGUUACAGGCAGCAUAGAUGAUAAAGUCAAAGUCUGGAAGUGGGUGGAUGAAAAGUUGGAGUUACGGCACCUGUUAGAAGGUCACCAGCUAGGUGUCGUCUCCGUGGAUAUCAACGGAGAAGGAACAUUGGCAGCUUCUAGCAGUCUUGACAGCCAUGUGAGAGUCUGGGACCUGGAGACUGGAAAAUGUGCCAAAAGUAUAGAUGCUGGACCAGUGGAUGCAUGGACAGUUGCCUUUUCUCCCGAUUCCCGGUUCCUGGCGUCAGGUAGCCACCAUGGUAAAAUCAACUUGUUUGGAGUAGACUCUGGCAGAAAAGAAUCGUCCUUGGAUACCAGGGGAAAACUAACACUCAGUAUUGCAUAUAGCCCAGAUGGCAAGUUUAUAGCCUGUGGAGCUAUUGAUGGCAUUGUAAACGUGUUUGAUAUCGCUACAGGGAAACUCAUACACACUUUGGAAGGUCAUGCUAAGCCAAUCAGAUCGCUCUGUUUUUCCCCUGACUCCCAGCUGUUGGUUACCGGCUCAGAUGACAACCAAAUAAAGAUUUAUGAUGUGCUACAUGCUAAUCUAGCGGGGACAUUAUCCGGCCAUGCCUCCUGGGUGCUCAGUGUAGCUUUCUCCCCGGAUAAUACACAUUUCGUCUCCAGUUCGUCGGACAAGAGUGUGAAAAUCUGGAAUGCGGGAACAAGACAAUGCGUACACACAUUCUACGAUCACACCGACCAGGUUUGGGGCGCGCGGUACAACCAGGCAGGCACCAGAAUAGUGUCAGUGUCAGACGACAGAGCUGUACAUAUAUAUGACAUACCUCAGUGAUGAAUAUGAUGUACUUGUUCAAUUGUAACUUAAUUCCAAGAGCAGUGGAAAUAAUAGUGUUAACAUAUGACAUGGCAAUCUUGACAUAUUUGAGUGGUGGAAAUAAAUUUCAUGUUGAAUUAUAACUUAUUUCAAAAGCAGUGGAAAUAAUAGUGUGAAUGGAUAAACAGACAAUGUGAUGACAUAUCUCAGUGCUGAAAAUAUUAUGUUGGUUAAAAGGUACCAUAACUACUAGAGCAGUGGAAAUAAAAGUGUAAAGGGCUGACCAAGCGCUCUUGAAAAGUGCUAAAAAUAAACUACUUGUUAAAUUGUAAAUGAACAUCUAUAGUAGUGGAAAUAAGAGUUUGAAUGUAUGACAAGGCAAAUUUUACAUACCUUAAUGAUGAAAAUAAAGUUCUUGUUGAAUUGUAAUUUAAUUCCUUUAGCAGUGGAAAAAAUAGUGUGAAUGGAUACACAGACAAUGUGAUGACAUAUCGCAGUGCUGAAAAUAAAGUACUUAAAUCGUUAAUAAGUAGUUAAAUUGUAACUUAAUUCCUAGAGCAGUGGAAGAAAUAGUGUAAAUGGUAUGACCAGGCAGCCUUGACAUAUUUAUACCCCCGGCAAACGAAGUUUGAAGGGGGUAUAUUGGAGUCACCCUGUGGUCUGUCGGUCCGUCGGUUUGUCGGCGGUCUGUUGCAAUUUACCUUGUCCGGAGCAUAACUUAAAAACUACUGGAUGGAAUUGGAAUAAACUUCAUACAAUGGUAGAGCAUAAUGAGAGAAAGUGCAGUGUACAAUAACCAUAACUCUAUUCUUGCCUAUUACUGAGUUAUUGCCCUUUGUUUCUUUUUUUUGUCUGGAGUAUAACUUGAAAAGUACUGGAUGGAAUUGAUUGGAACUUCAUACAAUGGUAAAGCACAAUGAGAGGAAGUGCAGUGUUCAAGAACCAUAACUCUACUUUAGCUAAUUACUGAGUUAUUGCCCUUUAUUUGUUUUUUGCUGUCAUUUUUUUCCAGACAUUAACUUGCAAACUACUUGAUGGAAUUUAUUAAAACUUAAUACAAGACCUCUGUGAGAUGUCCAAUCUUUGCUUGACAUUUUCAUCACAUGAUGCAACACCAUUUUCUCAUUCGACUAUUUACUCGGCAUUUUGCAAUUAGAUGCGGCUCCCCUUUAUGACUUUAGUAAUUUAAAAAUUCCAUUUGAUGUGAGGUCAUGGAUAUGUCAAUAACGAAAAAAAUAUACUUGUUAAAUAAUAUCUUUAGGUACAAUACAGGGAUGUGAUUAGUCCGCGGAUUCGCGGAAUUACGCGGAUCUAAUGGCCCCAGA